AUGAAGAAUACACUUUCUACACAAAUAAAAUUAAUUAGAACAUAUUUAAAGAUAAAAAUUUUAGAAGAUAAUGUGAGUUUUAAGGAACACGCGCAGGAACGAAGUCAUGUUUACGAUUUGAUAAAGCGAGUGGUAUCUGAUGGAGAAUCUCAUUCAGCUCUUAUUAUUGGACCAAGAGGUUGCGGUAAAACAUCUCUUCUUAAUUCAGUUCUACACCAAUUAGCUAAUGAAUUGGAUUUAGAGAAUGAUUCAUUGAUAAUUAAAUUAAAUGGCCUCCUUCAUCAAGAUGAUAAGGUUGCCCUGAAGUCUAUUACAGCUCAGAUGCAGCUAGAAAAUGCUGUAGGUGACCGUGUUUUCGGAACGUUUGCUGAGAAUCUUAGCUUCUUACUAAGCUGUUUGCAAAGCGGUGUCGACCGCAGUUGCAAGAGUAUGGUAUUCAUUUUGGAGGAGUUCGAUCUGUUCUGUCACAGUGGAAGGACACAGACGUUAUUGUACAAUUUGUUCGACAUCACUCACAAUAAACAGGCCCCUAUGUGUGUGCUAGGUGUAACUAAUCGUUUAGAUGUAAUGGAGAUGUUAGAAAAACGGGUCAAAUCCCGCUUCUCUCAUCGACACAUUUUCGUAUUUCCAAAUGAAAAUAUUGAAUCGGGUAGUGACAAUAUAAAAACGCCGUUAACGGCUUUACAAGAACGACUACUUCAGUUGCUCAGUAUGCCUUUGAGUAUUGCAAAUAAGAGUGUAAUAAACAAAGACACGCCAAGGAGGAGAAAGGGAGGUCGCAGAAAAUCAAUAGCAAAUGUAGAAGAAAUGGACGUAGACAUAAACGACGAAACUAUACAAUAUGCAGUACCAACCGAAGUGUUGGCUAAAUGUAGAACAAAUAUCCAACAGUUCCAAGAAUUGGAUCCAAACUUCCUUGAGGAUUGGAACUCUCAUAUCAAAAGCUUAGUGGAAGACCAACGAGUUAUAGACACACUGGAAAAGUUAUGUUAUUAUACAGUGAAUGAACAAAUAUUUAGGAAUGUCUUGUAUCAGGUUGUGUCACAGUUAUGUCCAACAAAACCAUACAUAGAAGCGACUGAUUUCCAAACAAUUGUUGAUAAUACUGUUGCGCCGGAGCAUAGAGUGAAAUUGAUACAAUCCUUGUCUAUACUAGAGUUGUCUCUGGUCAUAGCUAUGAAGCACGGCAUGGAGAUAUUUGAUGGGCAGCCAAUGAAUUUUGAAAUGGUGUUACAUCGGUAUACAAAAUUUGCUAACGCAAACUCAUCGACACAAACAGUACCUCGACCAGUUAUCUUGAAAGCAUUCGAACAUUUGCAAGAGUUGGAAAUAAUAAUGCCAGUAAGGACUACAGACUCUAUUUACAGUACCGGGGAUACCACAACGAGCAGGGUUCAAAAGGAAUAUAAACUUUAUACUUUGGCAGUUCCCGACGAGGAUCUAAAAGAAGCAGUUAAAACCUUCAAGGCUCUUCCCACAGAAAUCAAUCAUUGGUUCAAUAAUUCUGUUGUCUAA